AUGUCUAUCCCUCAAGAUGUUAUUAUAUCCGUAACUUCAGAAACCUCCGAAAAAGGCAAGCAAGCUGAAACAAAAGAAACAGAAGGAGCAGAAGAACCGCUGGUUUUGCCAAAUAAUUUGGAAAAGAUUCUUAAUGAUUUAAGCCAAGAGCAACGACUAUUUUAUGAUGAAUUACCUAAGAAAUCAAAACCUCGAUUUUUUGAAGCGGUUUCAGAAGCGGUUUCAAAAGCAGUUUCAGUAGCAGUUUCCGCAGAAAAGAAAAAAGGGGAUUUCAUUGUCGAUUUAAUCGUUUUAACUAUCAUCACGCUUUCUACUCUCGCGAUUAGCAUUUUUAAUAAAAUAUAUGCGGAAAAUGAAGAUCUUACAAAUAAAUUUGCAAUUUUAUUAAAUUCAAUCGUCUAUGUAGGAUUAUUAUUAGCAAUUUUUUUGGGAUUAUUUUUAAUCCCACCGAUUGUUACAAUUCUUUGGGUAGCAGUCGGAAUAUUAUAUUCAGGCGCUUUUAUUAAAAGAUAUUAA